ACUGACAGAAGAGACCACCACAGGACUGGACAUGGACCACAGACUGAGGAUCAUCUGGAUGUCCUUCUGGGUCAGAGUGUGUCUCCUCUUCACCUCCUCUUUACCUGCUGCAGGAGUUCAGAUCAGACUGGCUGGUCCUGGUUCUACUCGGUGCUCUGGUAGGGUUGAGGUCUUCCAUGGUGGUACCUGGGGAACAGUCUGUGAUGAUGGAUGGGACUUAAAUGAUGCUCAGGUGGUUUGUAAACAGCUGAACUGUGGGACGGCGCUGAGAGCCCCAGGCUCCGCCCACUUUGGUCACGGUUCUGGUCGAAUCUGGCUCGAUGAUGUGGCCUGUUCAGGAAAUGAGAGUUCUCUGACUGAGUGUCCACACCCAGGAUUUGGAACAGAGGACUGUGAACACCGUGAGGACGCUGGUGUCAUUUGUUCAGAUCACAUCAGACUGGUUGGUCCUGGUUCUACUCGGUGCUCUGGUAGGGUUGAGGUCUUCCAUGGUGGUACCAGGGGAACAGUCUGUGAUGAUGGAUGGGACUUAAAUGAUGCUCAGGUGGUUUGUAGACAGAUGAACUGUGGGACAGCAGAUUUGGAACAGAGGACUGUGAACACGAUGAGGACGCUGGUGUCAUUUGUUCAG